AUGGCCCUGUUCGGGUACGAUCAGGCUGUUUUCAGUGGUAUCAUUGUGACGAAAGAUUUUUUGGACACUAUGGGCAAUCCUGACGCCAAUAUGCAGGGUACCAUCACAUCACUUUAUGAUGUCGGGUGCUUUUUCGGUGCUGUAGCCGGAUCCGCUAUUGGGUCCUGGCUUGGUCGACGAAGCGCUGUUAUUUGGGGAACAGUCGUGAUGAUGAUCGGUGCCAUACUUCAGAUCACAGCAUACAGCGUCCCACAUAUGAUCGUCGGACGCUUAGUUGCAGGACUCGGUAAUGGGUUGAAUACAGCAACUUGCCCCGUCUGGCAGAGUGAGACAACAAAAGCCAGCUGGCGUGGUAAAUUGGUAGUAUUGGGCCUGGUCGUUAACGUCGCUGGGUUCUGCUUAGCCAACUGGGUUACCUUUGGCUUUUCGUACGUUGAAGGAAGUGUUAACUGGCGCUUUCCGUUGGCGCUGCAGUUGCUUUUCGGGAUAGUUAUUCUGUCUACGGCACCUUGGCUUCCUGAUUCUCCAAGAUGGCUGAUUUCUAAGAACCGAAUCAACGAAGCGGAUUUCGUGCUGGCUCAUCUUCAAGGAAAGGAAGCAUCUAUCAAUUCACCUACUGUUAUUGCGGAACGGAAUGAGAUUCUACACGCAUAUCAGGCAGAUAUGGAAAAUAAAGUGUCCUGGAAGAUGCUGCUGAAGGGUCAAGCAAAUGGACCUGGCACCUUGAGGCGCUUUUUUCUCGGUCUGGGAACCCAAAUCAUUGUCCAGCUAUCAGGUAUCAACGCUACAUCCUAUUACCUACCCACUGUCCUGGUAAAUUCCGUCGGUCUAAAGGAGAAGCUUGCUCGACUACUCACCGCCGUCAACUCCAUACACUACAUUUUCUUCUCAUACCUGGGUAUGAUGCUGAUUGAUAAAUGGGGUCGUCGAGGAGCAAUGCUAGUUGGAUCUUCCGGAAGUUUCGUGUGCUAUUUCGUUCUCAUGCUCUUAAUUCGAGCGAAUCAAAUGAGCGACGAUAGCCAACAGACAUACAGCUAUGGCGCCGCAUCAGUAUCCAUGAUCUUCCUUUUCUACGCUUUCUUCGGGGUAGGCUGGCAAGGUACAGCAUGGCUGUACAACACUGAAAUCAACUCGCUGCAUAUGCGUAUGAUGGGAUCAUCAGCCAGUGUAGCGGCUCAGUGGGCUGUCAAUUACAUGGUUGUGCAGAUUACCCCAAUUGGAAUCCAGAAUCUCAAAUGGAGGUUCUAUCUUAUUUGGGCAUUUUUGAACUUCUUUUCUAUUCCAAUUAUCUUCUUGUUCUAUCCGGAGACUGCCAACAGGAAGCUCGAAGACAUUGAUACUGUCUUUAAGGAGGAUCUUCGUUUCUGGGUGUUCCUAGAUAAGGAGGCUACUCAGGUUAAACGGCCUGUUCGUUUCAUUGCGAUGGAUGAGCAGGAAGUUGAGAAUGCAAGGGCAGAGGUCAAGACGGAAUUGGGACCUCAGGUAGAGCAGAUUGAGUGA